AUGGCUACUGUUGAAGAUUCAUCACUCAAUAUCGGCAGUAAUCUCUUGAAAGAGGAGGAUGUCAAAUAUGCACAAGAGCAUGACUUGCAGACCUUAAGUAUCUACUGGCCAAAACACCCCGAUGACGAUGAAACUCUCACGAACGCCAUCUCAGAGCCUACCACAAAGUUGUCUAAGAAGAUAUGGGUAAUCUACAUCCAUGGGGGAGCAUGGCGUGAUCCACGUGUGACGUCCUCCUCGAUCCUUCCAUCGAUCAAUCGUCUUUUGUCUUCAUCCAUCUCAUCCAAAAUCGCCUCCUUUGCGUCAAUCAAUCAUCGCCUCUCGUCCCAUCCAUCUUUCCCUCAAAAUUCUUCUUCAGUUCCUAAUCAUGCAUACCGCAAUGCCAAGCACCCUGAUCAUAUACAAGAUGUUUGUUCUGCACUGUCUUACUUACAAUCAAAAUACUCUAUCGAAGAUCGAUAUCUACUUGUCGGCCAUUCAUCUGGCGCUACAUUAGCAAUGCAAAUCCUAAUGGGAAGGGAAUUUCUGCAUUCUUGCGGGAUACCAUAUGAGUCUUUAAGUUUUAAGCUCCCACGAUACGUUCUUGGAGUUGCUGGAAUUUACGAUGUGAGACUACUGCGCGAUACAUACUCUGCAUACAAUGAGUUUAUCACUAGAGCGUAUGGGCCCAAUGAAAGAGUCUGGGAUGAAGUUUCACCAGCGAGGUUUCCGAACUUCGAGGAAUUUGGUAAAAGUGGAAAAGUCCUUGCCUUUGCUACUUCAUCAGGCGAUGAGCUAGUUGAUGAAAAACAAAUCGAUCAUAUGGUAAAGAACGUACAGGGUAUUGGUGGUGAAGUGGUGGUGAAGAACCUCAAAAAUAUGUUAAAGGGAACUCACAACAAACUAUGGGAGACGGGGGAUCUGGCUGAUGCAAUCGCCGAAGUCUUAGCUCUAUCUGAUUAG